AUGAUGAGCAAAGGCCUACUUGUUCUUUUCAUCUUUGGAAUUGUCUUUCUUGGAACUGGUGAAGCACAAUCGGAUGAGAACGUUGGAAAAAUAAUUCAAUGCCUGAAUAAUUCUUUAACUGACGUAGAAAUGAGUACCGACAGUACUUGCCCCAAUCUACAGUGUACAUUGAAUAUCACACAGCUCGAAAAUUUUACCUGUGACCCGAGUAAUAGACGAAUUGUAGAAGUCCUUCUGAAUUGCACCAUAGAAACUAUACUAAGUCUAAUCAAUGCAAAUUGUAGUUGUGAAGAUUUGUCUACAAGUUUUUAUCUGUGCUGUAAAAUGGAGUUUUUCAUUAUUUGCCUUCAAAAUGAACUCUAUCAAGAGUUUGAUUGUAGCAAUGUAAAUAGUCUACUCUAUCAACUUCUUAAUUUUUUAAUCACGACCGAUGGAACAGAUUUAAAGCUCCUCCUCGACAUCACCCGUAGUUCUGUUCCUAUUAAUUCUCCAUGUUUUUCCAUUUUAUAUUAAACCUUUAAACGCCAUUAAAUUUAAACCUUUUGGGAUAAUGUAUAAUAAAAUAAACCAAAGGAAUAAAUUACAUUUCUGAAAAUGUCACGAAGAGACAUUUAUCUUAAUUAACAAAUAAAAGAUAAAUAAAUGGA